UGACGUCCUGGGUUGGUGACUAUUGGACGAAUGACAACUGGAAGCCUUUCGAAAGGAGAUCAAUAUGAGUAAAUAGUGAUGUGGUUAUGGCUGAAAGAGAAAAUGGUGUGAUGGAAUUCCUAAAACGGUAGUCCCGUACGACGAGGGACCAGGGGGAACCAUGUCGUCAGAGCUACAAGAAACGAUAUGCACGGCCAGGCAAGAGAGGCACAAAAACCUGUUCCUGAACUAUCGGAACCUGAAUAUCUUUCCUUUGGAACUUCUGAAGGACGAGGGCCUGCAGUUUCUGGAGCGCCUCUACAUGAAGAGGAACUCUCUAACCACCCUGCCUGAAAAUCUGGCCCAGAAGCUCCCGAACCUCAUUGAGCUGUACCUGCAUUCCAACAACAUCGUCAUUGUUCCUGAAGCCAUUGGAAACCUGGCCAAGCUACAGUCCCUGGACCUGAGUGACAACGCCCUGCAGGUUAUCUGCCCCGAGAUUGGCCGACUGCGCUCCCUGCGCCACCUCAGAUUGGCCAACAACCAGCUCAAGUUCCUCCCACCAGAGAUAGGGGACCUGCGGGAGCUGGAGACUCUGGACGUGUCGAUGAACAUGCUGAGCACGCUGCCGGCGCGGCUGCACCAGUGCCUGUCCCUGCAGUGCCUCACCGCCGACCGCAACUGCCUGCGCUGCCUGCCCCGGCAGCUCACCCAGCUACACAGCCUCAACGAGCUGAGCAUGGCCGCCAACAGCCUGGCCUCCCUGCCCCUGGAUCUGGGGCGCUCCCGGGAGCUGCAGUUUGUCUUCGUCGACAACAACGUUCACUUGAAGGGCCUCCCGUCCUUCCUGUACAACAAGGUGAUCGGAUGCAGCGGGUGUGGGCUGUCGGGGCAGGUGUCUGACACGAAGCUGCUCUCUGUGGCGCUGGAGGAAGUGAGCGUGCCCAUGCCGGCAGAGGUGAAGUCCGUCGGCGUGGAAACGGAGAGGGUCAUGCCCCUGGAGGAGCUGGCUAUGAGAGCACUGCACUGCAUGUACAGCCCUCUGCUCAAAGAUGUGAAGUUCCUGCCCCCGAUCUCGUUACCCACGAGCCUGCUGGAGCUCCUGCGCUGUCCCCUGGGUCACUGCCACCGCUGCAGCCAGCCCAUGUUUACCAUCGUCUACCCCAAACUCUUCCCCCUGAGAGAGACCGCCCUGGCGGGGGUGCACCGCAGGACCACAGUGAGCUUUGUGGCGUACUGCUGCUCUAGCCAGUGCGUGCGGACGUUUGACCUCCAGAGUUGAUCCACGGUGAGGGGGGGUCAGGUGAGGGGGGGGGAGAGACAGCCGUCCUCCCUCUAAUGCACCCCGAAACUUCCUCUCUGCCGCCAGCCAGAGCGGGGGUCCCCUGACAUGAAGUCCUCUCAGCACUUCCGGAGGAAAGGCUGGAUUCCAAUCAGCACUUUGACCGGAGUUGACCGAACCGCACUUUGACCAGUCCACGAACACGAACUUACUGGAUCUCCCUACGCCAUGUCAGAUGUCCUCGGUAGCAGUUUUCACACUGAACGACGACGCUGGCUGGGCGGGUCCGUAACAGGAGCCAAUGAGAACGAUCGAUGAUGCAGUCACAGCUGAGUUGCACGGUUGCAGACGAGUCCUCGUCCUGGCCAUCGCCCUCGUUUUUACACGAUCGCCCACUCUUGCACAAAAGGUUCCUCCCUCUCGGCUCCCUCGCAGAAUUUAUUUUCAUACUUCACAAAUAAAUUUUAUAAACACGACACUAAUGUGGCAAACGGAAGUGAUAGUUUAAACAGUAAAUAAAUUAAAAUCCAAUUUGACAUUCAUCAUAAAGCAGUUGUUUAUAAGUUUUAUAGAGACGGGAUAUUUUUUAUCCAUAAGAUUUCCAGUGCUCCCUGUAAUUGUGUUUCCAUUUGAAUGCAACAUCUGCCCAGAAGGUAGCUUUUUUGUAUUGUUCAUUUUGCAGCUGCCUCCUGUCCAGGAUGACUGGCAUUUUUACAUAUUGUAUGUACUGUUUAUUUACUGAAGCAAUACAAGUUAAGGGCCUGAUUUACUAAGACCUUUCGCAUGUGCGAAACCUUUUUACGCACGCAAAACCAAUAACAUGACAAAUGAUUGGUCAUGCUAUUUGUUUUGCACCAAAGUUUGGUUGUGGAAUUAUUUUUGCCUGUGCUAAAAGGUUUUGCAUGUGCUAAGGCCUUAGUUAAUCUGGCCCGAAGUACCUUAAUCAAAGUGUACGGCAGCAGUGCCCCUCCUGGUCGUUGGAUGCAACUGCGCCUUUGCUCCCCUUGCCAUUUUUCCAUUGGGCUAAUGUGGAUGAUUUGUAUAAAUAUAUAAAUACUUCAUUUAAGUGAUGAUAAAAUCUGAUUUUGAAAUAGGUUUUGGACAUGGAUUGGUGUUUUUCUGAACAAGAGGGAGAAAACAAAACAAAAAAAAGACUAAUAAAUUAAUAUAUUUUGAAGUGAUUGCUAUAUUACCUGUUUGGCCAUGAAAUCUGAAUGUCCAUCAGUCAGGAGCCAUGCGAUGAUCUCUCUGAAAGAUCUCACCUGCACUUCGGUAAGCGCACUGAUUGGCCGAGGCAUCAGAGCUAGUUGAUUGGUCGAGGUGGCGCUAGUUGGCUCUGGACCUGGCGUGAUGGCGCCUUCAUAGCUGAAGACUCAUCAUGCAUCGUCCUCCCCCCUGUAGUCCUGGUGGCACUGGUGGUCAACUUCAGAGAUUGUAACCCUGUUUUGCAAAACAGGACAACUGGAAUCGGAUGCCAGAACAACAUUCACUGUUCUUGAAGUUUCUUGAAGUUCUGUAAGUUUAGUGUUGUGGUCGAAAAAAGAUUCACCAAAAGUCUCCACCGUUUUAAGGAUUUUGCUGCUCAAUAACUGUAUUCGUGUCUGGCAAUGAAGGACUGAAGGACAAUGAUUGUGAAAAUACUGCUCUUUUCAGAUAAGUGGCUUAUCAAGUUGUCUGACACCUCUGCAUCGUUUGAGUGGGGCUCGUGUUGUUGUUUUUCUCGGAUGUGUAUUGUACCACACUAAAACCGAGCUACGGUUCUCCCAGCUCCAAUGAAGAAAGAGAACAUUCACUGUCUGCGUUGUGCAUCGUGUAUGUCAUGCUACCCCUGCGGUGAAAACGGCUCGAUUGUGUAUUCACCUUUGGACAUUUGUACUCUGAGUGGGGGGAAGCUGUGGCGGUAAAACAUGAAUAAUUGCUUAUUUUUCGAGGAGUCUGGCGUGCUCUCUGUAAUAACAAGCGCUGUUUUCUUUGGACGGGCACCGUUAAACGCGGGCCCGAUCGCUCGCUCACCUCCAGCCAGGUGAUUGCGCAGGAACUUUUAGGGGCCCCCGAAGACCGUGGAAAAAAAGGCCGCUGGCCUCAUCAAUCUGCCGGCGGCGCUCGCGCUUGCCUAAAAAAGGCAAGGUUUUUCGCUCGCGGUUAGCCGACAAAAGGGGAGAGCCGAGGAGAGAGCCCUGUCUGCUCUUUUUUUUUCUCUCUCAUUUGUUUUCAUUUGGAAUUUGGAAAUACAAGGUUGUGGCCCACAGGGUCUUUGGUUUCUCUUUAAAAAAAAAAACAAAAAAAAAAAAACAAAUAACAGGGUUCACACCCUGGCUGCCCAUUUUCCCAUGAUGCACCUGGGUGCGUGAGUGAAAGCCGUCUCUGUCCCGUGGUUCAGGUCAGGUUAGGUGAGGUUGGGGGGGGCAGAUGUGUGGAUGUUCCCAUGUGGCCUGGCCCCCCCUUGCCACCCCUGCCUUUACCCCCGCCACCACAUCAGAGCGCAUGAGAGCACAUAAAGAAGCCACGCCCCCCACCACUGAGACGGGUCCAUUGGUGUGGGUUCCGGUCCACAGCAGACCCUCCCGCGAGGCCACGCCCCUCUCCACAGAGGCCCAGUGUGAAGAGCAGACACUGGCGCCAUGGAGACGCAGGAGAGCCCCGGUCCCGCCCUGCCUUCCUUUGAGCUGGCAGGGGAGCAUCUCUGUGUGUGGCUGUGCUCAGCUAGCCUGUGCAGUCACGCUCACAGACCUGCCCUCUAACACACCACUGACCCUCACAGACCUGUUCUCUAACACACCACUGACCCUCACAGACCUGCCCUCUAACACACCACUGACACUCACAGACCUGCCCUCUAACACACCACUGACACUCACAGACCUGUUCUCUAACACACCACUGACACUCACAGACCUGUUCUCUAACACACCACUGACACUCACAGAACUGCCCCUUAACACACCACUGACACUCACAGACCUGUUCUCUAACACACCACUGACACUCACAGACCUGCCCUCUAACACACCACUGACACUCACAGCCUGCCCUCUAACACACCACUGACUUUCACAGAACUGCCUUCUAACAUACCACUGACACUCACAAACCUGCCCUCUAACACUCCACUGAUACUCACAGACCUGCCCUCUAAGACACCACUGACCCUCACAGACCUGCCCUCUAACACUCCACUGACACUCACAGACCUGCCCUCUAAGACACCACUGACCCUCACAGACCUGUUCUCUAACACAACACUGACCUUCACAGCCUGCCCUCUAACACACCACUGACACUCACAGGCCUGCCCUCUAACACACCACUGACACUCACAGCCUGCCCUCUAACACACCACUGACUUUCACAGCCUGCCCUCUAACACACCACUGACACUCACAGACCUGCCCUCUAACACACCACUGACACUCACAGCCUGCCCUCUAACACACCACUGACACUCACAGACCCGCCCUCUAACACACCACUGACACUCACAGACCUGCCUUCUAACACUCCACUCACACUUAUUGACCAAUGUUCCCGGAUCCUCCUAAUUUUUACUAGAGCUGUUUCUAGAGCUUGUACUCCAGAACAACCACUUUGCUAUAGGAGGAUCAGAGUUUGGUCUGUGAGAUUAAAAGUGGCAUGGUGGUUUUCCCUGACCGGUGAAUUAUUCAUGAUAUGUGCUUUUUUGUGUUUGGUUCUUGAGGAGGGUUUUGAUGUUCUCCUACCCAGAGGGGCUGAGACUUGACUGACUAUCAGUGAAAUGCAGUAAUAAAAUUGGUUCCAGAACUGCAGUCUU